GCCCCGCUGACCCCUCUGUCCAGCUCUCCCAGGACUGCCAGGGGAGGAGUCGCUGCUGGACGCCAGCCGCACCACCAUGGGCAGCCCCGAAGAACGCUUCCACUUUGCCAUCGACCGUGGAGGCACCUUCACCGACGUCUUUGCCCAGUGCCCCGGGGGACAUGUGCGGGUCCUGAAGCUGCUGUCCGAGGACCCUGCCAACUACGCAGACGCCCCCACCGAGGGCAUCCGCCGCAUCCUGGAGCAGGAGGGGGGGGUGCCGCUGCCUCGCGACCGCCCCCUGGACACCAGCCGCAUUGCCAGCAUCCGCAUGGGCACCACUGUGGCCACCAACGCACUGCUGGAGCGGCGGGGGGAGCGGGUGGCCUUGCUGGUGACACGUGGCUUCCGCGACCUGCUGCACGUGGGCACCCAGGCCCGGGAGGACCUCUUUGACCUGGCCGUGCCCAUGCCCGAGGUGCUCUACGAAGAGGUCGUGGAGGUGGAGGAGCGGGUGGUGCUGCACCGCGGGGAGCCGGGCGCCGGCCCUCCGGUCAAAGGCCGCACGGGGGACCUGCUGGAGGUGCAGCGGCCUGUGGACCUGGGGGACCUGCGGGGGAAGCUGGAGGGGCUCCUGUCCCGCGGCAUCCGCAGCCUGGCGGUAGUGCUCAUGCACGCCUACACGUCCCAGAUCGGCACCGAGCGCUUCCUGCACCUGCGCUACCAGGGCACCGACUGCGCCCUGAUGGUGUCCGCCCAGCAGCACCCCGCCACCGCCCGGUCGCCCCGGGCAGGGGACUUCGGGGCCGCCUUCACGGAGAGGUACAUGAGGGAGUUUGGCUUUGUCAUCCCGGAGCGGCCGGUGGUGGUGGACGACGUGCGGGUGCGGGGCACCGGCCGCAGCGGCCUGCGCCUGGAGGACGCCUGCAAAGCUCAGACUGGACCUCCGCGGGUGGACAAGGUGACCCAGUGCUACUUCGAGGGGGGGUACCAGGAGACCCCCGUGUACCUGCUGGGGGAGCUGGGCUGCGGGCACAAGCUUCAGGGCCCUUGUCUCAUCAUCGACAGCAACAGCACCAUUCUGGUGGAGCCCGGCUGCCAGGCAGAGGUGACCGAGACGGGGGACAUCCGCAUCUCCGUGGGGGCCGAGGCCGCCAACACCGUGGGCGCCCAGCUCGACCCCAUCCACCUGUCCAUCUUCUCCCACCGCUUCAUGAGCAUCGCCGCCAUGUCCCCCCGCCGAGGCCCGCCCUCCCUGGCCGGGGCGUGGCGGCGGGCGGGUACCUGCGCGGACAGCAGUCCCUUGGAGACCAGCGCGUCCUCGCGGCGCGCGUCAGGGAAGGCCGAAGCUGCCCACGUCGUACAGCACCGGGCCCAGGACGGGCCCCAGGCGGCGCACCAGGCGGCGGGCCGCGCGCAAGUCGAAUACCUCCUGCAGACAGACGAAGUCCAGGCCCGCCGGCAACGUGGCUCUCCGCUCCCGGGCCCACGCUGCAUCCGCCCUGCGCCGGCCGCCUCGGGGGUCCAGAGCCCCAGCCCCGGCGCCCUGGCCGGCACAGGGGCAGUGGAGGAACCGUCAGCCCACGGCCGGCCGGCCCACGGCGCUGCCCGCCCCCCCAGGGCAGCGCCCGGCCAGAGGCCCCGGGCAGUGCAGGCGCCCCAGUGGGGCCAGUGGCUGUGGAAGCUUUAA